CCUUUUCAAUCGUAACGAUGCCAUUAUCGCAAGCCGUUUCAUUCGCAGGAAAGAAAGUUUUAGUAACUGGUGGAGGGCGAGGUCUGGGAAGACAAACAGUGAAACGGUUCUAUGAAGAUGGUGCAAUCGUUUACACUGUAGAAAAAGAACAAGAGCUAGUCGAUGAUUUGCGAAAGAAUUUUCCCAAAAUUACGGCAGUGCAUUUGGAUGUGACUGAUUUGGAAAAAACCAAAUUGGUCGUUGAAUCGUUCGGGCCGUUAGAUUUUUUGGUUAACAAUGCUGGAGUUUACUUUUCUCAAUCCUUUAUGGAAAUGACGAUUGACGUGUUGAACAGAACCGUCGAUGUUAACUUAAAAGCGCUGGUUGUGGUUAGUCAGGCCGUGGCGAAAGGUAUGAUUGAAAGUAAAAAUGGUGGAGCAAUAAUAAACAUAUCAUCUUUGGCAAGUAGAAUCGCAUCUUUACCAGGCGUGAGUAUUUACAGCAGCAGUAAAGCAGCGGUCUCCCACAUGACACGAAUGAUGGCUAUUGAACUGAGUCCACAUAACAUUCGAGUAAAUUCAAUAGCUCCCAGUGUCAUCGACGUACCAUCUUUAGCUCCGGAUACUUCAUUUGGAAAGCAUAUGGCAGAGGCUGUGCAUAGCACUUUGGCUAAAAAUCUUUUCAAACGAUUCAUUAGUCCAGACGAAGUAAUAGACUUGAUAUUCUAUUUAAUGAGCCCCCUAUCAGCAAUGAUUACCGGCGAGGAAGUGAGCAUAGAUGCUGGUGCUUCGAUUACAUAGAAAAUGGGCAAAGCAUUUCUGAACGAUGUAAAAGCGAUUAUAAGUUUGAAUUAUCAAUGACAACAAUUAUAAAUAGUUU